CCCAUGGCAGGGGGGUUGGAACUGGAUGAUCUUCAAGGUGCCUUCCAACUCAAACCAUUCGAUGAUUUUAUUCUGUGAUUCUAUGAUACGUUGAGUGUCUGAGGGACGUGGGGCUGUUUGGUCUGGAGAAAAAGAGGCUGAGGGGAGACCUCAUUGCUCCCUAUACCUGCCUGAAAAGAGGUUGUAGCAAAGCGGAUGCUGGUCUCUUUUCCCAGGUAAUAAGUGAUAGGAGGAGAGGAAACGGUUUCAAGUUGUGCCAGGGAGGUUUAGAUCGGAGAUUAGGAAAUAUUCCUUCAUGGAAAGGGUGGUGAAGCAUUGGGAGGGGCUGCCCAGGGAAGUGCUGGAGUCACCAUCCCUGGGAUUAAAAAAAUGUGUAGAUGUGGCACUUUGGGACAAGGUUUAGACAGGUCUUUUCCAGCCUUAAUGUCUCCAUGCUCUAUGUUACUGCUGCAGAGGCAUAGAAAACCUACUUAGGGAUGUGGUUUGGCAGAGGAGUUGGUAAUGCUGGAUUAAGGAUCGGACUCAAUGAUCUUAAAGGUCUUCUCCAACCUAAAUGAUUCCAUGGAAACGCGAUGCGCGAAUUCCUUGCUGGACUGGGAACCACAUGGGAGAUGUAAGAAGCCCCAUAUCCACCGGAUCUGGUUUCUCAGGCUUUUUAUCCUCCUUUUCUUGUGGUUUUUGAGGGUUUCACGUUGCUGCUGGGAGUGGAGAUGUGGUUGCAGGGCUGGGAGAGCAGAGAAAGCCUGGUAUGGGUGAUCAUAUCAGUGUGCCGGCUGGUUGGUCAUUGUUGGAAGCGGUUCCUUGGGAUCAGGGCAUGGGUUUAACCAAAUCUGAGCUCCCACAUCUGCACUGCUAAUGUCUUGAGGUGGACAUCAUCUCCAAGUCCUUUUUUCUUCCUAAGUCAAAUCUCAUUUUCUUCUGCCCAGAAGGGGAAGGGAUAAAUUUGGAGGAAGGCAAAAGGAAGCACCCGCAAGUCUCCUGGUUUAUUUUUUAGCCCAUUUCCCAAAGUAUUGAGAGCUGGGAUCACAAUCCAUGUGCCUUUUCUCACUGUAGUUCUGAGCAUUUUGGGGGAGAAAAAAAAGAAAGUGAGGUAAGGGAGAACAUCUCCAUCAUCCCUGAAUGCCCCGUCAGUGCUUUUCCAGGCAGGAAACCAGCACCAGCAGAUGGACAGGGUGGCACAGACGCAGCAGGCACUCACCAUGGAUGUGCUGGGCUGGGAUGUUUGCAGGCUUGCGUUUGGAUGUGCAUGGGAAAAGGAGUUAUUUCCCUCUCACUUUCAUGGUGGAUGAGCCAGAGAAAUGCAGCGGAGCUGGGAAAGGGUCUGGAGCACAAGGAGAAGCUGAGGGAAGUGGGGCUCUUUAGUCUGGAGAAAAGGAGGCUGAGGGGAGACCUUAUCACUCUCUACAGCUCACUGAAAGGAGGUUGUAGGGAGGUGGGUGUUGGUCUCUUCUCUCAAGUAACAAGUGAUAGGAUGAGUGGAAAUGGCCUCAAGUUGCAUCAGGGGAGGUUUAGAUUGGAUAUUUGGAAAAAUUUCUUCCCCAAAAAGGUUGUCAAACACUUGAACUGGCUGCCAGGGAAGUGGUGGAGCCACUAGCCCUGGAGGGAUUUAAAAGAUGUGGAGUUGUGGUGUUAAGGGACACAGUUUUGUGCUGGUGUUGGCAGUGUUGGGUUUACCGUUGGACUCAACUAUCUUAAACGUCUUUUCCAACCUGAAUGAUUCUGUGAUUCCAUGAGGCAAAGCAGAGGCAGGAGGCAACAGUUGUGCAGACCAUCCAAAAGAAGAGGACCAUUGUCUGCUGAAAAUGAAAUCCCAUCUAACCCCAAGAUUGAUUAAUUUUCUGGAAGAGUUGCCUCAACCACACAAGCGCUGGAUGUGUAACCCAUGCAGGGACCAAGACCAGUGGUUCUGAGUGGCCCAUCGGGUGCAGGGAAGAGCACUUUGUUAAAGAAAUUGCUUAAAGAUUACGAGAACAUCUUUGGCUUCAGCGUCUCCCAUACCACGAGGCAGCCAAGACCCGGAGAGGUGAAUGGCAAAGAUUACCACUUUGUGACCAGAGAGGAAAUGCAGAAAGAAAUUGAUGCUGGGGAAUUCAUCGAGCACGCAGAGUUCUCUGGAAAUAUGUAUGGGACGAGUAAAGGUGCCGUGCAGGCUGUUCAGGCCCAGAACCAGAUCUGUGUCCUUGACAUCGACAUCCAGGGUGUGAAGAACAUCAAGAAGACAGACCUGAACCCCAUCUACAUCUCUGUGCAGCCUCCGUCCAUAGACAUCUUGGAAAAGAGACUACGUGACCGGAAGACUGAGACGGAAGAAAGUUUAAUGAAACGUUUGACUGCAGCCCGCGUAGAUUUGGAACUUAGUAAAGAACCUGGCCUGUUCGACUUGGUGAUUAUUAACGAUGAUUUAGAAAAAGCCUAUUCCGAAUUGAAGGAGAUACUCUUGGAGGAAAUCAAGAAGACCCAAGAAUCCAGGAAGUCCUGAGCUGGGCCUGCUUGGACCUUUUAACUUUGCACAUCAUUCCUGAAGCAUGUCACACCAUUUUAUUCCGAGACAUUCCCUUUAGGCUGAUCCUCUUCCCAAGUUGCCCUAGGAUGUUUCUAUUAAAAGGAAAGAAAACAAAAUCCAGUCAUGCUUGUGUUUCUAUUCGUCACACGCUUGGUGUGAGCUUUCCCAGGUUUGUACCUCAGAUGGAUACUUUGGAAGCAAUUGUGUGGCAUCUUUUGUGGGAGGGCAGAGCCAUUCUGUGAGACUGUGGAGGAGCUGUCUGGGCAUUUGUGGCCCUGGCAUGUGGCUUAGGAUCCCACUGCAGUGUUUGAGAAGGUAGAUGUGCCCAACCUAACGCCACUCGCAGGAGGGGAGUUACUCAGAUUGAUGUAACCCCCGCUUGCGCCUGCAGACCAUCUUUACUGACAGCUGAUAUCACAAAUGUUGGCAUCCUCUUGGUCCCUCUGGUUCCUGCUUACUUUUGCAGGUCUUGCUACAGCAUUUCCAGGCGUUUCCCACCCUCUGUGCCUCCCGCAGCCUCUGCAGUUGUGUCGGUGCGGCAGAGCAGCACGGCUCAGCUGCUCCAACCACAGCCUUGUGAAUAGAUGGGUUGGUUUAAUAAGCUGAGAGGAGAAGGGAAUGGUUGUGGGAUAUGAUCUAUCCACUGCCCUUAUUUCUGGGGGAAAAGUAUGUGCUGCUUCUCCUCUGCCGGCCUGGCAGUGAUCCUGUAAUGCACGUUUACUUGUUUCACUUGAGUUUAGGUGCAGGUAGAUUUUUAGAUGCUCUUAUAAAUUUGGGGAGAAAUUAUUUCUUUCCCAAGCUGUGCAGCCUUUUUGAGGGCAGCAAUAAAUCCCUUUUCCUUGGAGGGAUGUAUUUGACCUACCCCUGACUCUUGUACUGGUCUCUGACUUGAGACCUGGAAAGCUUUGGCUGACGGGAGCUGGGAGGAUGCUUUGCGCUUCCAGCGUUCCCCAGCCUUAACCUUGAUGCUUCCAUGUAAGCUCCAAGCCCUUUGGUCCCUCCAGCAGGUUGUACGCUCCUUGGAGGGGCUGGUUCCUCACCGACUCCCUAUAUUAAAAACACACCAACCUUUGUCAGAGGUAAGUGUGGGAGAGAGACAAGCAACGUUGCAUCUGAUACCUCUGGGUGGUCAACUUGGGUUUGGGCUGUAGGGGAGGAGCAGUUGCUGCUAGCAGGCAUGCUGGUCCCAGAGCCUGUUGUCCCGGAGGACACAGGUGGUUUGGCUUUGAUCUUUGAGGAAGGACAAAUCCCACAGAACUCCUAUCCUACAGGUGGUGGCUCCAGCUGUCUCCCCACAAACCAAACCCAGAUCAAGCUAGCCUCAUGCAGACCAUGCACUGCUGGACCAUGUAGUGCCAGCUUGACACUUUCUCACCAAACCCAUGUCCUCGCAAGACAUAGCUGUGCCACAAAGAGCUCUUGUGUUUCAUCCUCUUCAUAGCCCAUCUCUCCAGUUUGCCCAGCUGCUCUUCCCCAGCGUACCUGCAGUCCCACUCAAUACAAGUCCAUCCUCCAUGCUGUGGACUCCAGUAAGCAGAACCAGAUGUUGGGCACC